AGUGCGUCGAAAGUAUAAGGACUCGUGACCCGAAACCCCAUUCGCGGGCGCGCGAGUUCUCUCUCAGUCUGCUACCGCACUCGCCACGUGACUCUUUUCUGCGAGGUCAUGAGUCUACACCCGUCCAUCUCUCUCUGCAAUUUUCACAAGCUAACCGUAAAUCCAAGCCAGAGCUUCUUAAAUGGUUGAUCUACUUGCGUGGGAGGCAGACGUCGUCUGAGGCGGCGGCGGCGGGUGGAGCGAUGAUGACAACGAUGCAAAUGCAAACCCUCUUAUCUUCACUCCAGAGCAACUCGUCUACGCCCAAGAGCUCGAUCCAAAUCGGCUUCUCUUUACCGUUCGAUCCAAGAUCUGCGGCUGAGAUUACCCCCACCCGACAUCCCCCA